CAUCAUCGCACUGUGUGAAGAGAAGCUGCAGCUCACGUCCUCCUGUCGCGUGUGCCGGAGCCUCUCUGCUUGUGGGAGGAGGGUCCUCUCCAUCGAGUCCUUCGGAGCGCUGCAGGAUGUCAGCGAGAGCAGCUGGCGGGAGAGACCUGCCCCAGGAAACGCUGGGCCCAGGAGGCCGCCUGGGGACCCUAGCACUGACCCGGAGGUUCUGCCAACCCCUGAAGGCCCAGAGUCUGAGACCAGCCGGGGCCCCAGAGCCUCCCCACCCAAGGCUCUGCUGUACCCGGUGAGAAAUGGCGAGAGCCACAGCCGGGAGGGGCUGGCCGGCCUCGUCUUGGAUGCCGAGCGCACCCUCGGGGAGCUGGACAGAGACGCACUGAGGAGAAGCCGCCUGCGGAAGGUGCAGACGUUCCCCAGGCUGUUGUCCGACAGCCCCGAGGCCACCCUCUGCCUGCCACUGACCCGCGGGAAAAGCCAGCUGCCCAUAUCGGAAUUAUUCUCUCCAGACCCCAGGAAGGCCUUUCUGGACAGGAAAAAUGGCAUUUCUAGUUUCCAGGCUCAGCCCAAAUGCAGGCUGUGGCCGGAGCAGGAGCCAGAAACACCAGCUGGGAGGGUUCCCUGUGCAGGCCGCAGCGCAGACAGGGGCCCUGGGGUGCCUGGCAGUCCAGGACAGCCCGAGACUUCACACCCCAGCCAGGGCGCAGAGGCCAGACCCCCACCCUGCCCUGCAGACCCUCCAGAUGCUAGUGGUGAAGCCCAGACUCCCGGGGAUGAUGAGAGAAUUCCGGAAGGAGCCGGGCAGCCGGAAAGUGCAGCUGCGGAGCAGUGGGUGUCCCUGCAGGACCUCCUGUCCCAGCUGGGACGGCCCUUCCGGGAGUACGAGCUGUGGGCCCUGUGCCUGGCCUGCCUCCGCGCACUGCAGACACACCCUGAGCACCCAGCCUACCUGUGUCUGGACUCUGUGCUGGUUGCUGAGGACGGGGCUGUGCUCUUCCAGCCACCCCCUGCCAACGGUAGUGUGUCCUAUGACUCGUUCUUUCUGGCUCCCGAGCUGGCAGAAGAGAGGCUGGUAACUGAAAAGGCCUCUGUGUACUGUGUGGCCGCCGUCCUGUGGGCCGCAGCCAAGUUCAGCAUCCCCCGCAACCACAAGCUGGCCCUGCCACGCAGGCUCAAGACCCUCCUCCUGGACACCAGGCGCAGCGCCCUGGAGCGGCCGUCCGCGGCCGAGGCCAUCAAGGUGUGCGGCAGCUACCUCCUGCAGCGAGGCAUGGACAGCCGGAAAAUCCUUGCCCACCUCAGAGCAUCCAUCUGCCAGGUGUACCAGGAGGAAGAGACCAUCAGCCUCCAAAACGCCUUCUCAGUGGUUGAAUUGAAGCCCAGUGUGGCACCAGCCCCAGAGCCCAGCCCAGGCUUCCUGCCGGUGAACAGCGACACCGGCUUUGCUGUGCCAGGGCCCGUGCCCGGCCAGUGCCCCUGCGGUGAAGAAGCCACCCAGCUGCCUGCAGCGUUCAUCUCCGAGGCCACGCACUUCAAGCCCAUUGUCCUCGCGCAGGACGUAAGCGUGGCCAGGGACCAGCCUGCCUUGGCCCAGGAGGAGUCCGAGGAGAGGGGCGGCCAGAGGGAGGGAGAAGGUGAGGAGAAGCUCUCCCCGGAGGCCCACGCUGGGUCCCCCAGCCUGAAGAUGCCUGACGGGCCGGUGCCUGGUCCGGGGCCACAGGGAGGCCCAGAGCCUCUUGGAGAGUCAGUGCAGCGUGACUCAGCCCAGGGCUGCCCCUGCCCUCCACCCCGGGCCCCAGCAAACCAGCCAGAGGGGGCCUCAUCGGCAGCUCCCAGCUCUCCAGUCCCCGCCCCGCCCCCGAAGGCAUCUGCACUGCCCGGAGAGCAAGGGCCGGCUGGGCAGAUCCCACCAGGAGUCACUUCUGGGGGCCUCAGGCCCGACGCCCUGGGGCCCACCGCAGCCCACCACGGCCCACGCCACCCGCCCAAGCCCCGAAGCAAGGCCACCGAGCACCCGAGCCAGGAGCAAGAGGGCCCCAGGGCCACCCCUGCCGGGGAACGUGAUGACCAGAGUCCAGACAGUGUCCCAGAGAGGCCACGGCCUGCAGACCGGAGGCUCUGUCUGCCCUGCGUGGACGCCUCACCACUCCCAGGGAGGAUGGCCUGUCCGUCGCUGCAGGAGGCCACACGCCUCAUCCAGGAGGAAUUUGCCUUUGAUGGCUACCUGGACAAUGGGCUGGAGGCUCUGAUCAUGGGGGAGUACAUCUUCGCCUUAAAAGAUCUCACCUUUGCCACUUUCUGCGGCGCCAUUUCCGAGAAGUUCUGUGACCUGUACUGGGAUGAGAAGUUGCUGCAGAACCUCUUUAAGGUGGUCAACGGGCAGGCGUCGCCCUCCCCAAGCACGGCCGAGGAGGCUGGGUCACAGCUUGAGGGCAGCCGGAGCCCCCGCUCCCCGUCCAGCAAGAGGCCCUCGCUGCACCGCCUGGGAAAAGAGAAGCCAGCCGUGGCCAGGACCAGCAGCAGGGCCCCCUGCUCACCCACCUCGGUGUCGGAUGUGGACUCGGAGGCACUCUCACGGGGAAACUUUGAGGUGGGGUUUCGGCCUCAGAGGUCCGUAAAAGCCGAGAGAGCACAGCAGCCUGAGGCUGGCGAGGACAGACGGCCAGCUGGCGGGGCCUCAGACGCGGAGGCAGUAACCCGACCGGCCAGGUCCAAGGGGGUCGGCCCGGCCGUGUCUCCCGGCCCAGCCGGAUUCCAGAGCUGCAGCCCCGGCUGGUGCAGCGCCUUCUACGAGGCCGACUGCUUUGGGGCCGACGUCCACAACUACAUGAAGGACCUGGGGCGGCAGCAGGCGGACGGGGCCCUGCACGCCCAGAGCCCGGAGCUGGAACAGCAGCUCAUGAUGGAGAAAAGAAACUACCGCAAAACCCUGAAGUUCUACCAGAAACUCCUACAGAAGGAAAAGAGGAACAAAGGUUCUGACGUCAAGACCAUGCUGUCCAAGCUGAAAGGGCAGCUGGAAGAAAUGAAAUCCAGGGUGCAGUUCCUCAGCUUGGUCAAGAAAUAUCUGCAGGUCAUGUACGCGGAACGCUGGGGCCUGGAGCCCUGCGCCCUCCCGGUGAUUGUGAACAUCGCGGCCGCACCCUGCGACACGCUGGACUUCAGCCCCCUGACGAGUCCUCCUCGCUCAUCUUCUACAUGUCAACAAGCACCCGGGCGCCGGCAGAAGGCCCGAAUCCUGCAGGCCGGCACACCGCUGGGGCUCAUGGCCUACCUGUACUCCAGGUGCGUCCGGAGAAACCUCAACCCGGAAAAGGAGACGUAG